AUGAGCCGCAGGAGCACCGCUCUCAUUGUCACACCUUCUCCUGCUUCUCUCACGGCUGUGGUAGUAGUUGCCAUGCCUUGCAGUGAGAUGUCAUUCCUUCUGCUGGCUGGUGCAUCUGUGUCUGUUCUGUUCUCUGCCCCUCUCACUGCUGUUGUGACGCCGCCCCCUCCCUCAGCCAAUACAGUGAUUUCCUCUCCCGCGGCACACCUGAGCCCUGCUCAGAAUACUGCUGAGUUGAGUCUGCAGAGUCCUGUGAUUUCUUCAUCUUCUCUCUGUGAAGAGGCUUUAGUGCAGUCUCUGACUGACACUACUACUUAUCUGCACUGUGUCAAGUAG